GAAUUUAGAAAUGGGAUUUAACGAGGCAAAAUUGUACAUUGACCUGAAGUGAGUUAACAAUACAAUUUGAAAAUCAGAACCAACGUCAGAUAGAACUAAACUUGGUGAAAACGAAUGUACAAGAGGCACUCGAAGAGCGGGCUUUGUAAUAAAUUAACAUUUGUCAAUAGACAGACAUUACCACUUGUUGUUUUACAUUGACUUCUUCCAAGCAAUACUGUUUUUUAAUUGGCAGAAAGGUCAUUCUCCAGAAUCAUGUCGGAAGAUAAGAAGGAAACAAAAAGUGAGACAGAGCACAUCAACCUUAAGGUUCUUGGUCAAGAUAAUGCCGUUGUUCAAUUCAAAAUAAAAAAACACACACCCCUUCGAAAACUGAUGAGUGCCUACUGUGAUCGUGAGGGUCUGGCAAUUGCUGCUGUGAGAUUCAGAUUUGAUGGACAAGCGAUUGAUGAGUCAGAUACUCCUUCUAGCCUCGAAAUGGAGGAAGGUGAUACCAUUGAAGUUUACCAGCAACAAACAGGCGGAACGUGUUGAGUGGAAAUAUCGCUAUUAUAAUAGAUUCAUUCAACUUUUCUACUCUGCGAGUUGAUAACAUUGUUUCCUUGUUUUUAUGUCCCUUCACUAAUUCCAAUACCUAAAUCCGACGACAACAAUUGUGGAUCUAAAAAGAUAUUGCAGAAUCUAUUUUAAUGAUUAUUUUUGACUGCUAGCAUAUAGAUUCUGUUGCGUCUACUUUUAUUAGCUAAAUUUAAUUAAAUGUUUUUCAACUCUAGAAAACCCUUACGUCUGAGUGUUACUCAGCUUCCUGGGCUUUUCGCCUCUCCGAACUUUCCAACUUCUGCAACAUCAACUUUUUUAAAUCUAUGAGAUUCCAUGAUUUUCCAAUCUACAAGUCUUACUCUUUCAUCAUUUCCAUACACAUUUUGUUAAGUAAAUGAAUAUAAUGAUAAAAAUAAACGAGACGAGUGAGAAAAAGGGGAAAACAGAAAAAAAAAUUUGUAUAGAUAAAGUAUACAUGUAACGAACAAAGUUCAUGUAAUAAACUCACUUUUUGGAUAAAA